CACCACACGCAAACACUCCCCAGGGAGGCGCUACUUAAAGUAACCACAGAGCUCCCAGACUUCAAUAGACCGGUGGCGCUAACAGCUGACGGUGGAAGCAAGACAAACUUGAAUUUUGUUAGGAUAAAACAAACACAAAGUCACGGGCUAAAAUCCACAGCUGUAUAAGUUUGCAGAUAUUUAUCGUUUGCUUUUAUUCAUACGUGCGUGGUUUUAUUAUUUCGCGAAGCACUUCGUUACAAAGUUAACUUUAGGUUGUUUUUUUUAAACAGCACCACAUUCAUUCGCAGCUGCGCGCGCGCACUCACUCGGCAAUCAGGUAGCAAGCAGCAGCAGCGCCUUAAAAGUUGAACCGCACUUUGGGGGGGGGAGCUGAAGAUGAACUCCUGGCUGAGAGUAGUGGCCAUCGUGUGGAUCUGCGUUGCGUCUCUGGGCACACGCGGCCUGGCCAACAAUGACACCGUGCAGGGCUCCUCGCUGGCACCAGGCACGGCGGAGCCCCAGCUGGAAUCCAUCAGAAGCCGGUUCCAGUUGAGAAGCGCGGACGAACCGGAGGGCCCAGGUUGCCAGCUGGUGCCAGGACAGCCCGAGUCGCUCACUCAAUGCAGAUUCCAGCCCAGCGUCAAAACCUUCCUCAUCAUCCACGGCUGGACGCUCAGCGGCAUGUUCGAGGGCUGGAUCGGCAAGAUGGUGAGCGCGCUGCACGCGCGCGAGAGCGCCGCCAACAUCGUGGUGCUGGACUGGCUGGACCGCGCCCACCAGCACUACCCCGUGGCGGCCGCCAACACGCGCGUCGUGGGUCGCGACGUCGCUGUCUUCCUCGAGUGGCUCGAGGAGGCCUCCAACCACCCGCUGGAGAACGUCCACCUCAUCGGCUACAGCCUGGGCGCGCACGCCGCCGGGUUCGCCGGGGAGCACAUGAGGAACCCCGCGAGGCUGGGGCGUAUCACGGGGCUUGACCCGGCGGGCCCCACGUUCGAGGGCCGGGAGUCCGCAGAGCGCCUCUCCCCCGAGGACGCGGGCUUCGUGGACGUGCUGCACACGCACACGCGCGGCUCGCCGGGCCUCAGCAUCGGCAUCAAGCAGCCCGUGGGUCACCUCGACGUCUACCCCAACGGUGGCAGCAACCAGCCGGGCUGCGACAUCCGCGACAUGUUCGGGGGAUUGGCGUCAAACGGCCUCAUGAGCUUCACGGACGCGUUCAAGUGCGAGCACGAGCGCUCCGUGCACCUCUUCAUCGACUCGCUGCUGCACGCCGAGCAGAUGCCCACGGCGUUCCGCUGCACCGACUCGGAGCGCUUCAACCGGGGCCUGUGCCUCAGCUGCCGCAAGCACCGGUGCAGCGCGGUGGGCUACGGCGCGGAGCGGGUGCGCGCCCGCCGCAGCACGCGCAUGUUCCACAAGACGCGUGGCGGGAUGCCCUUCAAAGUGUUCCACUACCAGGUGAAGAUCCACUUCACCAGCCAGGUCCACAUCGAGCAUCUGCGACCCCGGCUCUCCGUGUCUCUGCUGGGCACCACGGGGGAGGCGCACGACCUCAAGAUCAUCUCGAAGGACAGCAUGGAGCCCAACACGACGCACUCCUUCCUCGUGUACACCGAGCAGGACGUGGGCGACCUGCUGCAGGUCAAGUUCAAGUGGGAGAGGUCGGACAACUGGUACCAGUCGGUGUGGUACAAGAUGCGCACGUGGUCGGGCCUGGACCACGCCGGCUCGGGCUUGAGCAUCCGCGUGCGCAAGAUCCGCGUCAAGUGCGGAGAGACCCAGAAAAAAAUGGCGUUCUGCUCCAAAGACCAGGACACCGUGGACCUGAAGCCCUCCCAGGAGGAGGUGUUCGUCAAGUGUCCCGACGGGUGGAUCUCCAAGAGGAGCUUUGGUUCCGUUGGGAAGCGGGACGAAUGAAAUUCUCAUGGGGAAUUCCGCGGGACAGAAACUGGACCAACGCAAGAAAGAAAACAACGGACGAGUGCCUUCAGUUCGUGGCUCGGUGCACACCCGACUUCACCGCUCCCCGGGGAUGAACCCUGACCCCCCACGUCCAGUCGCAGCAGGGAGCCGCACGGCAUGGCGCAUGGAUGCCUAGCGACCCUGCUUCACCUCCAACCUCCACCGCCAGGACCUCCCCAACUGCGACUCAUGCUCACGAGCUCGGCACCAUCGCGAACGGGUUCCAUUUGUUAGCGCGUUGAGCCCGAGCCGCACGCCUCGUGGCCAUCAAUGGCGAUUGGAAUAACAACGCGCGGACAGACGCAACGGCCUGCACUUCGCAAUCCCCACACAGCUCUCAGUCCAGAUGAGGGUCGCGCAAAUGUUUGUUUCACUCGGCACUUUUUUGUUUGGAUUCGUCGCGCGUAAAAUAAGCGACCCGGCGCACGUGGAGGAUGUGCGCGUAUUUGUACAUCUCAAAUGUAACUGUGAUAACGUGUGCGACCUAUCUCAGGCAUGUUCCCAAUGCUGCGUGCCUUCCAUACGGACGCCGAGGCCACGUGCCACGCUGCAACCCGCACGCGAUCGGCUCGUCCACGGAUUUAUUUCUCAACGCAUAUUUUCCAGAUUGGCUGUCGAAGACUGGAAUAGUUACACGACCCGUAGCCGCAGAUAUAUAAUUAAAGAUUUACAUUGGGUGCGGUGUGCCAGGUGUUGAAAUAUUUUCCGGGACGUCACUCCUAAGAUCCCCAGCUGAAAUUAAGACCGGUGCUAGCUGGAGUCAUGGUAAAGCAUUGAGUUUUAUCUUGUCUUAUUCUUCGGUGUAAUUUUAUUCCACAUCUUUACAAACACUGCAUUGGUCUGUGGGCAUUGCCUUUCACUUCAUCGUCAAACCGAAACACUUACCAGAGUUAAGUCCAGAGGUCAUCAUGGUAAAUGCCAUUGAUGUAACCACAUCUUCCCCUUAUGCCAGAUUCUCCAUUGGCAUGAAUGUGUGGUGUACACAAUAACAAUUAAGAGUGUCGAUAUUUGAGCGAACAUACACCUCCCAUAAACAAUCUCCGGUUAGCCUCCCUUGUAAAUAUAUUUUUCUUAAGAUUCUAUUUUUUAUAUGAACAAGUGUUGACACGGCGUUCUGAACUGAAUAGCGAAGGGACAGCCCUGACCGCGCGUCUCUCGACAUUCUGAUGUCAGCGUCGCACCUGCGAUGUUCAGGCACGUCUCGUCCGUGAUGGCAGGGAUCCAAGAUCUUGCUCAUUCAGCCCUGAGAGAGUUGGGUACUCAAACGCAUCGCUAUGUAUUAACUUGACGGUUGUUGUGUGUAUUUGCAGUAAUAUAUAACUUCUGUCCCUUAAAAGCACUCCGUCCUGUGGCACACACUGACUGGCAGGACUUCAAACGUAAAAAUUCUUCAACUCGUGAGUUGAGUUCACCGCCACCGCCGAACGUGAUCGCCGGUUCGUUAUCGGUUCGAUCCUGGGUGUCGCAACGCCACCAAAGUGGCCCCUCGCAAUUUAUCUGCCAGUGGCAUGGCGUGGGGUGACGGUGGUGGUGGCGGCACGUGGGUCGGGAGGGGGAGGGGGGGGUUGAAGGCCAAACGCCAGAAGCCGUAGUCCUCAAGAGCCGGUAGGCGACAGCCAAAGAUGCAACCCAGCUUUGAAAUGCAGCCAAAAUAAAACCCACUACGGAGAGCGGCAACGCGAGAGAGUGAAACUUGGCAGCCAUCGUGGUGCGCGAGACUUUGCCUUGCGCGUUUACACCGCUCGGGACGAGCGGCGGCGGCGGCCGCUCGGCGCUGCGACACAAAACAAUUUGGCGGUCCUUUCCAUUACGAUUUAUCUUCAGUUUUGCAAGGUUGUACAUUUUGCACAUUGCACAGAGCACUGCGUGAGGACUGCUGUUUAUGUUUUGUGCUGUAAAAAGUCUGGGACUUAAGUUAUUGACGUUUGUACAUACUGUAUACUUGUACUUGCAUUAGUUGACCGUGACAGGCUGCUCACGUUAAUUCAUACGCGGGUAAUUUCCACCCUGUAUUUUUGUAGAUGUAACAUUUUGAAAUAAAACUUUAAAAAAUCCAACCUGCGGAUAUCUUCUGAUGCAACGUUACGCUUUUGAAACGCAUCAGCUUUUACAUUGCGUCCGUAAUCAGCUGCAAGAGGUGCACACACGCACCACAAUAAACAUCAUCGCUGUCCGAGGGCCUGACUGCUGUCUUUGCAGUACGGUAGCAAGUGGCGGGGAGAAUUAAGCUCAAUCGUAGAUGACACAGGUGCCAACAUUUAACAUAGGGGGGAAAAAACCAUUGAUAGCCAGCAGUUGGCUUUUAUUUGUCAUUUCAAAUCGCACAUCCGUGAACGUUUCAAAAUAUAGAUUAGUAAAAAGCAGAGAAUGGAAAAAAGUGGACAAAGCCAUGUCGGUAAACAGUUUACACUGGAGUUCGGGACGUAAGAAAAAGCGUUGGUUGGAGUAAUAAAAACGUAAAAAACAAGUGCAAGCCAUACGGAUGCGCUUAAGCGCAAGCCGUCGCUAUUUACAGAGUACAGGCCUCAACUCAUUUAAUACACGCGGCGGUUUAAGGUGUUCAGGCUACACAGCACCAUAGGUAAGCAAAACUAAAACCCACGAGAUACAUUUCUGUUGCUUGUUUAUUUUCGGGUCCCAUUAUAUGUCCCGGCCCCUGCAAACUUUUCUUCGUUGAUGGUAGCACUCAUGCCGUACAAAAAAUUCCACUUUUUUGAGCCUCAAAUCUCCACCUCUGCAUUUUCACACAAUACCCCACAGCUUAAAAGUCAGUAGCAAUACAUUAACAUGGAAUGGCCUCGAACGCAAACCUAUUUUUUUAAUAGGUA